GUCGUGUGUAUUGUUCAUGCUAGUAGUUUUGUCGUGUAUUGUUCAUGCUAGUAGUUUUGUCGUGUAUUUGUUCAUGCUAGUAGUUUUGUCGUGUAUUUGUUCAUGCUAGAAGUUUUGUCGUGUGUAUUGUUCAUGCUAGUAGUUUUGUCGUGUAUUGUUCAUGCUAGUAGUUUUGUCGUGUAUUUGUUCAUGCUAAUAGUUUUGUCGUGUAUUUGUUCAUGCUAAUAGUUUUGUCGUGUAUUUGUUCAUGCUAGUAGUUUUGUCGUGUGUAUUGUUCAUGCUAGUAGUUUUGUCGUGUGUAUUGUUCAUGCUAGUAGUUUUGUCGUGUAUUGUUCAUGCUAGUAGUUUUGUCGUGUGUAUUGUUCAUGCUUGUAGUUUUGUCGUGUAUUGUUCAUGCUAGUAGUAUUGUGUACUGUUCAUGCUAGUAGUUGUGUGUAUUGUUCAUGCUAGUAGCGGUGACUAUACCCAGCACAAUGUAUACAUCCUGAAUGUGUAUCCCUCAGUGUAUAUAUGUAUCCUAAGAAUUUACUGAAAUCUUUAUUUUAGAGAUGCAAGUAUUUAAGAUGUUAGUGUAUGGGUGAAUUGCUACUUUAGUGACCUAUUUGUUCUUCAAAGGUUAGGUUAGGUCAGAUUUGUCAGGAAACAAGACAAGUGUUUCCAGAGGCGGUUCUUAGUCAUGUGAUAACCCGCUGCUGGAGCUUUUGGUCAUCUGACCGAGACCUUUUGCUGGCUUACCCCUCCACCCCUUUAAAAAUUAAAAUUAAAAUUAUAACCAUUUGAUCUUCAAAGCGAGUGCUACGCUCCCACUGAAGCUACCUCUUCGUUAUACCUGAAUUAAACCUAAUUACCCGCAUAAAUAUAACACACAGUGCGGGUUAUGGCAUUUUAUUGUGAAGGCGUUUUGUCCACCAGGGGGACUUUACCAGUUGAGAAACCCUCUUUUGAAUUGAUAGUUUCAUAUUUACAUAAAGCAGCCGUACUUUACCAGUCUGUAGCCUGACUACGUGCCAUCGCCUGAUCUGCAGGAUGACCAUUACGAGUUUACCGGUUCUUUAAUAUAGCAGUAAUAGCUCACGUGAGAGCCAUACUUUUAAACCCUAACAAACUGGCAGCCACAAUCCAUGAGUGAAGAGCAGUGCAUUUAUUUUUAAAUGGCCACGAUAUUUUUGUUUGUCAAAAUCCCGUCAGGAAAGAUGCCUUGAUGUUGGUGGUCCCUAACUGGUGUAGACUAGCGCUGACUGGUGUAGAUCAGCUCUGGCUGGUGUAGACCAGCUCUGGUUGGUGUAGAUCAGCUCUGGCUGGUGUAGAUCAGCUCUGACUGGUGUAGACCAGCUCUGGCUGGUGUAGAUCAGCUCUGGCUGCUGUAGAUCAUCUCUGGCUGGUGUAGAUCAGCUCUGGCUGCUGUAGACCAGCUCUGACUGGUGUAGACCAGCUCUGGCUGCUGUAGAUCAUCUCUGGCUGGUGUAGAUCAGCUCUGGCUGCUGUAGACCAGCUCUGACUGGUGUAGAUCAGCUCUGGCUGGUGUAGAUCAGCUCUGACUGGUGUAGACCAGCUCUGACUGGUGUAGACCAGCUCUGACUGGUGUAGACCAGCUCUGGCUGGUGUAGACCAGCUCUGGCUGCUGUAGAUCAUCUCUGGCUGGUGUAGAUCAGCUCUGGCUGCUGUAGACCAGCUCUGACUGGUGUAGAUCAGCUCUGGCUGGUGUAGAUCAGCUCUGUCUGGUGUAUACCAGCUGACUGGUGUAGAUCAACUCUGACUGGUGUAGGCCAGCUCUGGCUGGUGUAGAUUAGCUCUGACUAGUGUAGACCAGCUCUGGCUGGUGUAGAUCAGCUCUGUCUGGUGUAUACCAGCUCUGACUGGUGUAGAUCAGCUUUGUCUGGUGUAUACCAGCUCUGGCUGGUGUAGGCCAGUUCUGGCUGGUGUAUACCAGCUCUGGCCGGUGUAGACCAGCUCUGGCUGGUGUAGACCAGCUCUGACUGGUGUAGAUCAGCUUUGUCUGGUGUAUACUAGCUCUGGCUGGUGUAGGCCAGUUCUGGCUGGUGUAUACCAGCUCUGGCUAGUGUAGUGACCGCAGGACUGGGAUAAAUUAUGUAAGAUCAGUCACUAGAGACCUCGUCCUUAGACAACUAGACAGACUGAAAAUUAAGUCUGAAAUCAAAUAAGUCACCAGGUCCUGACAAGCUGUUUUCAAGAGUUCUGAAAGAAUGUAGGAAGGAACUUAGUAAACCAUUAGCUAGUCUUUUCAGCAGAUCACUACGAACGUAUAUGUUUCCGGAUAAAUAAAAAAUGGCAAAUGAUACUUCUUACAAGUUAUGAGAUGCUUUCUUAGUUUGAAAUUAUAGAUCAGUCUGCCUUAUAUGAAUAGUAGGAAAGUUGACAAUGAAUAAUUACGGAUGCAGUUCGAGGCUACCUUGAUGAUACUACAAUUUGUUCAGUGAAUCUCAGUGCAUUUUUGCAAAGGGACAUUCUUGUCUUACGAAUUUACUAGUUUACUAAGGUAUUCGAGGUGGUUGACCAAGAUAAAGAAUACGAUAGUGUGUAUGGACUUUAGUAAGGCCUUUGAUAAAGUCCCACACACAUGAAAGUAGCGGCACAUGGUAUAGAGAGAUUUUCUCUUGGGUCGAAUCAUGGUUGACCAUUAGAGAAGUGUGUGCAUGAAUGAGAAGAAAUGAGAAUGAAACUAGUCGGAAUUAACACCUGCUUUGCCACUGAAUCCCAAUCCGUUGUAUAGGCGAAAUUUUAGCUAUCAUACUUCUCGGCAACACCUGUCGUUCAGUAAUGUUCAUGUGGUGUAUCACAAGGUCGAGCAACCUAGGUGAUGGAUAUUAUCUGAUUAGUUGAGGGCGUACGCAGUUGUUGGGGUAUUCGCGAUGAUAUAUUACACAAAGUUCUCGUGAAAAUACUUUGUGUAAUAUAAGUAACCGAUGAUAGCCUUUACAACUUGCUUAAUCAACUGAUUAUAGUGUGUGAUUAUGGUGUGUGGUAGUGUAUUGUUAUUAUUAUUAUAAUCAAAAAGAAGCGCUAAGCCACAAGGGCUAUACAGCAGAUUGAGAGAGAUCUUCCAGGAUGUCUCGUCGUAAGGGCUUGAGCCACGAAGAGAAGCGGCAAAAGAUGAUGGAGUUAUUUUAUGAGAGGAAGGAUUUUUUCCAGCUCAAGGAGUUGGAAAAGAUUGCACCUAAAGAGAAGGGAGUUAUCUCUCAAGCAGUAAAAGACAUUGUACAGUCGUUGGUUGAUGAUGCUAUGGUAGACACAGAUAAAAUUGGCACGUGUGUCUACUUCUGGGCAUUCCCAAGCAAAGCUCUCAGUACACGUAAGAGAAAACUGGAUGACCUGAAUAGCCGUCUCGAGGACACUACCAAAAAGUUGAAAACAUCACACUCGAAAUUGGAACAAGCCAUGGUGGGUCGUGAAGAAAGUGGAGAACGAGAAGAGGUUUUGGAACGAUUAAUGCAGCUGGAGAGUAGCAAGGAACAGCUGGUGAAGGAAAUAAAGAAAUUCUCUGAUUGUGACCCAGAAGUGCUGAGUCAGAUGAAGGCUGAAACUCAGGUUGCUCAAGUUGCUGCUAACCGCUGGACAGAAAACAUCUUUUCAAUAAAAAGCUGGUGCAAGAAUAAAUUUUUCAUUGAAGAGGAAGUUCUGAACAAGCAGUUUAAUAUACCAGAAGAACUAGACUAUAUUUAACCCAUUGACUGUCGCAACCCCCAAUCCUGAGGUGUCUCCUGGUGUCACAAAAUUUAAAAAAAAAAAAAAUGUUUUUCCUUAUGAAAUGAUAGAGAAUCUUUUCCCGAUUGUAAUGACACCAAAAAAACGAAAUUUGAUGGAAAACUGACGGAAUUACGCUCUUGCGAAGUUAGCGACCUUGGCAAUAUUUACAAAUCGGCGAUUUUGCCCACUUUGAGCCCUAUUUUCGGCUAAUUCCUUUGUUUCAGUCGACCAAACUCAUAGCUUUUUCUUUAGAACUCCAUUUUUUCUGUCGAUUGAGUACAAGAAACUGCCCAUUUACCAAUUUCAACUACCUAAUAACGUGGUCAGAAAUUUGCAAUUUGGCCAAUUUCACGAAAAUUAAAAAAUAUGACAAUUUCAAAAUAAGGUCCAGAAUGAACAAUGCAGACAUUCCUGGCUCUAAAAUAACAUUUUCUUUGUUCAUCAGUCAUGUCUCCGGGCCCCUCUGAUAUUACUCUUGCUUUCUAUUUUGAAUUUUUAUUCAAACAAAAAAUAGAAAAUUUACUAUUAUGCAGACUACUCCAAUACUGUAAUAAUUGUAUAAAUAACAUCAACCCAUUCAUGACUGCAUAUUAGAAUGGCUAGUUGGACAUUUAUUGGGCAAUGAUGUCAUUUGUUUACGUUUGAACAUCGGCAAAAAUCAAACAUUUCCCCUAAUUUGAGCUCCAUUUCCAGUUUUUUUUUAUAGUAAAAUCAAUCAAAAUCAUCUCUUUUUCUAAAAUAUGUUUUCCAUUCUAUCAAAUGAGACCAAGAAAACGAGAAUACAACCAUAAAUACUAUACGAAAAUAAACCACAAAGUCGGCAUUUUAAUUAAAAAAAACGGUCGGAGUUUUUUUUUUCUCAUUUUGCACUGCGUGUUCCAGGAUUUUUUUUAUGUGGUGCACACUGACCACACAGACCCAUUCUCUCACAUGUGAGCCUACCAGUUUUCUCCUUCUUGAUUUGAAGCCGCUAGAAUUUAUGAGUAUAUAUACGUCAAACACGGUACCUCGUAAGACGUAUACACCUACCAUCCGACUUACGACCAAGUUCUGUUCCGAGAAACCAGUCAUAAGUCGAAAUGGUCGUAAGUCGAACUUUACUACUUAAUAUCAACAAAACAUUUUUGUAAUGACUUUAUUUUGUUUUAUUUUGGUAUUUCAUGUUUUACUUUACUUUUUAUGUUGUUAGUAUUGUAUUUUAUACUGUAAGGUUUAGAAUAAACACUGUGUACAACACAAAUAGUUGUUUAUUUCCCAGAAAUUUGGCAUAAAAAACACGGUCGUAAGUCGAGUGGUCGUAAGUCGAGUGGUCGUAAGUCGAGCAGGUCGUAAGUCGGAUGGUAGGUGUAUAUAUGGCCGUGACAGUCAAAGGGUUAAAUACAGUAUACAUAGCUCUUACUUAAUUACUGUAUUUGGUCAUAUCUGCAAAUUUCAAUACUUUCAAUAUAUGGAAACUAUUUGAUAUGCAGUUAGGUUUUGAUUACUUGUGCAAAUUUUGAUUUAGUGCAAAAUUAAUGCUAGGUUUUCCCCAUACUCUUCAAAUCAUGAGCAAAAAUUACACAUAAUUCAAAUAAUGUGACCACUCCGCAGGAUUCAUCAUUUCCACUAAUCGAGACCUCGCUGUAUACUGUACUAAUACAUUAUUUUAAAUGAAAGUUGAGCUUUUCUUCUGGUCUGUUCUAUAUUCAGUGUACACAGUAUACAGUAAUUCUCUGUUAUUCAGAAUUCUUGCAUUCAGAAUUUUCCAAUAUUAUUCUGAAAAUUAUAUGUACAAUAUAGAAUUAUGUGUAUCUCUGAAAUUCAUAUUUCAGAUGAUAGCAAAAAUCCAUAAUUUUAAUUUAGAAAAUACAUAGCUAAUUUGAGUGCAUUUCAAUCAGUAACAUUCCUUCAAGUGUUCUCAUAUUGAGAGAUCCAAGAUAAGGUCACAACAUUUGCUUACCUAGGUGUGGAAAGGUCAUGGGUGUGGCAUUGCUGCCAGUAAAUCAAUAAUCCUGAUAUCUCCUAAUAUCUUCAUAUGUUUUCUCACUGUUACUUAAUAGUUCAUUACUGUACUGAUAAACCCUCAUUGGCUGGUUAGUGACAUUCAUAAUGAAUUUUAUAUAAAAGGUUUGUAAAAGUCAUUCAUUCCAUUUAAAAAGCAUUAAAUAAUUGGUUUGAGCAUGUCACCUGGCAAGGAAACAGGUUGAUAAAUAAAUCAGGGAACAGGUCGGAUUUGAACCCUUGGCAAGUGAGUCCUAAAACUCACAGGUCAGUGCGUUAACCACUUGGCCAUUCCACGAUUUGUUUGCAAUCGUGUUAUUAUGAUUUCGUGAGUCAGAGAUAGGUAGAGUUAUAUUUUUUAUUUAUGUAAAUCUUGUAUCAUUAUCACGUGCAGCUGACUACUGUCUUUAGGUUUGAAAUAGACUGCUCUAUAUAAUGGCUUCCAUCAUACUUUUUUGUACAUUGACACUAAGUAAAAUAAUAAGAAAGAUAUAUUUUGUAUGUUAAUUAUUUUAUAUUUUUGUAUAUAGAUAUUUAGUAAAAUAAAGAGAAAAGAUU